CUUAAUCUGGACUCUCCUGAAAAAGAAGUAGAUAGCCCACACCGUCAUGGUGCAAAGGAUGAGAUGAUCACCAGAGAAGAGUUCAUUGACCUCAAAACAACUGUAGCUGAGGUGACGAGGGUUGUCAACAAUUUGAAUCGUGUUAUUGUGAAGAACGCCACCAGCGUAUAUUCUCCACAAGUUGCUCAUGUUGGACCACCUUUAUUGGUGACUGCAUUCUCCACACCCAGAAAUUCUCCUGUAACAAGCCCAAAGAGCAUAAUGAAAAAGUUUAACUCUCCUCUUGGAGAGAAUCCCACAUCCCCACCUUCCUCUUCUGAAAACCAAAAACAAUCAAAAAAACUAAAAGAUGAACCUCACUUCGGCAGAAAGUUGUUUAAUCACAAGAUUGAGGGAAACUCAUCGGCGUGUUAUUUGAACUUCAAUCCAAUGAACACUCCAUUGUAUGAUGGAAGAUCAUCAGGGAUUACUAUACCGGAUUGUAUCCCCGUUGUGUUCAGGCCUCCUCAAAGUAUGGU